AUGUCUACUCCAGUGACCAACCGAGAAGAGGCUUGUGUGCUUGUGAAAUCCAUCGCUCAAGGCAAAGGUCACGUCCAUGAUGAUGACUGGAAGUCAAUGGACCCAGACGUGCGGGAAAGAGUGCAAAAAGCAAUGGAAAAUGUAAAGAAGCUCGCUGGAAAUGCCGUUACUACUUUGGGCAAGAAUAUAUACACGAGCGAUGCGAGAUUUGUAUUCGAGCUUCUGCAGAAUGCCGAAGACAAUUCUUUCAACAAAGCAAUUGAAGCCAACUUAACUUCGUAUGUCUCCUUCGAGGUUCAUCCUGGAAAAAUCAUUAUCCAGUGUAAUGAAGACGGAUUCGAGUCUGAAAACCUCGAAGCUAUAUGCGCAGUUGGUGAAAGUUCAAAAUCAGGAUCGCAGAAAGGAUACGUUGGUGAGAAAGGCAUCGGUUUCAAAUCCGUCUUCAAGGCAGCGUGGAAGGUGCAUAUCAAAUCUGGCUACUUCAGCUUCUUCUUUGAGCAUAAAAAGGGGGAUCCGGGACUGGGAAUGAUUACACCAGUGUGGGAAGAUCCAAAAACUGACGAGCCACAUCCCGGGACGCGAAUGGAAUUGGAACUCGGGGAUGGCCACAACCCGAUAUCAUCCUCCCAGUAUCAAAAUAUUCUGGACCAAUACAAUAGUCUCAGUGAGAGUAUUCUGCUUUUCAUGAGAAAUGUUGAGGAAAUCAGGAUAUCUAUCUUUGAUAACGAAGAGAAGUUGGAGAAGUCAAACACUUUUUCGAGAGAACGCAUCAAUGAAAAUCUCAUCAGGCUGGCCAAAGUAUCGAAAACGGCCAACAACGUGGAGAGUUCGUCUAAAGAUUAUUAUAUUUUCAAGCAUACUAUAACCGGCCUUGAUAAAAACGAAAACAGAAUAUACUCUGAGUCCGAAGAGGAAAACAAAACAUAUGCUUCGGCAGAAGUAGUGUUGGGUUUCCCAUUGACUGAGGAAUCAGUGCCCAUUGUGGAAUACCAAGAAUUUUUUACGUUUUUGCCAAUGAAGCAAUCGGGUUUUACGUUUCUAAUAAAUAGCGAUUUCGUGACCGAGGCCAAUCGGCAGGAUAUUGUCACGACAUCUAGCAGAAACAUAGGCAUUCGACGGGGCAUAGCGGAUGCAUUCAUUCAGGCCAUCCACAAAUUUUGCACACAUCCCAAGCUCCAAUAUACCUGGAUGAGGUAUUUACCUGAAAAGAAACAGCACUUUGAUCCUUUUUGGUCCCAACUGGUCAAUUUACUGGGAGAUAAACUGAAUCAGACUGCCAUUUUAAGACCAAGAAGUGAAACCUCUUUCUGUUUAAUAUCUUCCCUCCGCUUCCCCGUGGAAUCUCAGUUUGAUCGCCAUGGGGAACCACUGUUCAGGGACAGCAUCCCAGAAAAGCAUAUCUCAAAAAAUUAUUCGAAAGACGAUAUCAUGAUUCUACGAAGCUAUGGCCUGAAGGAAUACACUGCGUCUGAAAUCGUGGAUGCAAUCUCAUUGGAUCUCAAUACAAUAGACUCGAGAAUGAAGUCUCAUCAUAUGGAUGACGAUUGGCAUUCAAGAUCGGCAAAUUACCUGAGGAAUAUCAUUCUAACAUCCAACGCCGCGCUCCGUUCCAAGUUGCGCACUAUGCCCUUGCUGCCACUCCAAGAUGGGACAUGGAUUGCAGCUGAGAAUCAAUACACAUUUUUCUCAAGAGCACACGGACUUGAAGUCCCACCAGAUCUCGGGUUGAGUAUAAUUAAUUCCGAAGCUACGCAAAAUGCUCACCGUCGGCAACUUUUCAGCCAUUUGGGCACAAAAGAGGCCGAUAUCUCCUUCUUGCGUCAACGAAUAUUAUUAAGAGGAUUCAGCAAGCAGCUGAUAAGUUCAUCUGUUACGCAACUCAAAUACAUGUUCUUAACGGACAAACAUAGACAAAGUUCAGAAGACAGUAAAAACAUCCGGCUCGUUGACAGCAAAUGGAACCUGCAAAACUCUUUUUUGACAGACAUAUAUAUGCCUGACGAUGAACCCUUCGGCCCUUCCAAACUACUUGAAGAAGUUGAUGAGACAGCUGGGUUUCAAGCUAGCUUCCUUGACUCAUCUUACCUCAAUCAAACUUUCCAGGGAGAUGACGAAGCUAUGCUACUCACUUCAUGGAAGAAUUGGUUGUGCAGCUAUGCCGGGGUACGACGCCAUUUUCGAAUCAUAUCUAAAGAGAACAAAGAUAAACUUUCGAAAGAAUGCCUUUAUGUGGCGGGCCAUCAUGCUAACAAGUUUCUUGGAUUUCUGAAUUACACCUGGGGCCAAGAAAGCAAGGCCAUCAAAUCAUCCCUCGCCUUGACCAUGCAGCUCAAAGAAAUAAAAGUUCUCUGUCAAGGAGGCCAAAUGGUUUCUUUAAAGGACACAUGGCUUCCACUUCUGGAGUUACAAAAAGAGUGGGAGAAAUUUUCAAGCAGGCCUGAAACUUUUCCAUUCCUUAAAUUGGAUAGAGAACUCACGCGCGACUCAUACGCAAAUGAUUGGGGCUUUCUUGUUUCGUCUCUGGGGGUUAGUGCUCAAGACGACCUGGCCUUUUACCUGAAGAUCCUACUCCGCAUCAUGACUCGAAAAGACACAAGGGACAUAUACAAUCCCUAUCGCAUAUUUGAAGUGUAUAAUGUCAUCUAUGGCAAAUACAUCGCAGCUCCUAGCGACGAAAUCGGUGCACGAAUCCGGUUUCUCUUUAAUGUCAACCGACUAAUUUACGUUCCGUCGAGUAAAUAUCAGAAUUUCAAUCUAACCUUUCCAAAGGACUGUGUAUGGGAAGGUUCCGAAUCAUUGACUAUUCAAGCACCGCUACAGGCUAGAUAUAAAGCCAUGCCAGUUAAAAACCUCUCAUUACUUGAGCCUUUCUUUACCAAAGUACUCAGUAUAGGCAACUGUGACGAAGGAACAAUAUGUGCUCAGCUCGAUGAUCUAAGAGAGUCAGACUCCAAUGAUUUUGACAGGAUCAAGACUCUGUACAAUUCUCUCUGGGAGUUGUUGCGCAUAAACAAGUCGGAAAAGAUUAAGGAGCUAAUCAAGAAGAAAUUCGCUGAGACAGCUCUUAUUUAUACAAACUCCGAUAACUGCUGGAACAAGGUUUCGCAAUGCCUUUGGUCUAGUGCAACGACUGUUCUCAGUAAGAAAGUCUUAGAGAGCGAUUACAAAGGAAUGAAGUCGUUUUUUGUCGAAUUUUUGGGUGUGGACACGCUCAACCUUGGAUUGAUAUACAGUGAGCUCUCGAAACUAGGCGAAUCCAAGCCAACAGUCGAGUUAGUAAAGGAGCAAUUACUCGCUUUCAAAGAUCAUCUUCACACGGCUAGGGACUAUAAAGACGUCAAACCAGAGGGAAUGAAGAAAUUCAAGAUUUUUCCGAUCAGAAACCCUGGCGAUCAGCAAAACAUCCAAUUCUGUGAUGGGAAUACAGAAUUCGCGAUAGCGGACACGGUCCCUCUGGGAGAUAACUUUCGACAAAAGAUAAGAACCCUGGGAUUCACUUUCGACGAACUUCAUUCGUUACGUCCUGUCAUAAAAUGUCUUGAAACAAGAUAUCUUUCACGUCUGGUCAUGGAAACCUCAAAGGUCGAGGAUGAUGAUCGCGUUCUCAACCAGGCCCUGAGUCGCAAAAUCGAACUUAAAGCGCAUGCUCUAUGUCGGAUUGCCAAGCAUUUCAACAGUCCAAGAUGGCGUGCCAAAGAAGAACUUCAAAAUCUAUAUGACUUGUUAAAGCAGGCCAAGGUUUUUGAGACAGAUAAGAUAUCUUGCGUACAAGUCGUACAACAAAGUGGACAAUCAUAUUCUCACAAGAAAAGCCAAAGCGAGUUUCAUUUAGAAGAGUCUGACUCCGGCCUUGACAUUUUCGUUCCCCAAGAAAAGGAAUCCCAAGCAUAUUGUCUCGCUUACGAUUUGCCAGCACGACUGUUUGAAUGGAUUACAACAAAUCGCUCCGUCAAUGACCGAAACUACUCAUUUGUAGCGGAUAUUCUAAGUCAAGGCCCUACAAUUUAUAAUCGGAUACUUCUUGGUGCCGGAAUAGUUGACAUCGAUAUAGAAGACGAAGACCGUGCUGAUGAAGUGGAUUCGACUUCAGCCAGUUCUGCAAGAUGGGAGGCCUCCGAACUACAAGAUUCACCAAGUAUUAGAUCAAAUAUGGCCACGCCCUUGACUGAUGCCUCUUCCCCAAGGAUGGAGUUUGAUCAGGUAGAGAUAGUACCUACUAUUGUGUAUCAAGAUACCAUUGAUGCCAGCAGUCACUUGGCGCAAUCGCGGAAUAACAAUAGGCUGUUUACACAGGGAGCCUCAUUUCAGGCUUCCACUGGAGAUAUUGGAACACCAGCCACUAUUCAGCGAGCGCCUGCUUCGGUUAAUCAUGCGUACUCUGAUUUACUGAUUCACGUGGUCUCCGCGGCACGAAGAGCGUUAUUUCCCACCAAGGGUAUCUUCGACCUAGAUUCGCUUCGAACAUCUUUACCGUCGUUUCCGACAUUCGAUAAUGUUUAUGGUACCGAAAAUGAAGAAUUUAACUAUGCUCGCAGCUUUCCUCAGCUGGAGAGAGACAAGAUGAUUGGGGCUGCAGGAGAGUUAUAUGUAUUUGAGCUCCUCAAGGCAUGCAACCCUUCACUACCCAAUUUUGGCAUAGACAACUGGAAGAGCACAAUCCGGUCAUACGCGAGGAAGCACCCGGAAUAUGUGACUAUGCAGCCUUGGCAUGGAUUAGAGACAUCCGACCUUGUCUAUCACGACAACACGGGGACUUUUACCAAGCUGCUAAUAGAUGAAUGCUACUUUGAUGCCAGUAUAUGGAAAGACAGGAGACCUACAUAUCACUUUGAGGUAAAAACAACGGUUUCUUCCUGCGACACUCGCUUUUUUGUGAGCAAGAAACAGUACAAAAUGUUGCACGAUACCCGUGGAAAAGAAGAUUCUGUAUACAUUAUCAUGAGAGUCUUCAAUGUGGGCAAUGGCAACAUCGGGCUGCGCGUCUAUGUAGACCCAGCGGAGCUAGAGGCUGAAAAAGAGCUUUUGUUUACAGCUGAAACGUGGUCUGUUGUGCCGGGCGCUUAG